AUGUUGUAUUUCCUUUCAGCUGUUCGGUUGGCUGGGAUUGGAAAUUUUAGCCAUCGAGGGGGGCGAGUUGAAGUGUAUCACAGGGGAAUCUGGGGAACAGUAUGUGAUGAUGGAUGGGACUUAAUAGACGCCCAAGUUGUUUGUCGCGAACUUGGAUUCCAAUGCAAGGGGCUGUAAAAGCUUACAGCUCCGAGUUUUUUGGGAGAGGAAAAGGAAAAAUUUGGAUGGAAAACGUACGGUGCACAGGAAGCGAGAAGUCGUUAAAAGAGUGCCGUCAUGGAGGAUGGGGAAUAACCAGUAACUGUGGUCACAGCGAGGAUGCGGGAGUGAUGUGCACUCCAGGUAAGGAAAAAAUAUAUAUUAAUCAAGAGAGUGCUAUACCUAGUCAUUAUUAAUAACAAAAUUCGGAAAAACUGUUUCCAGUAAUUCAAAUUUAGACAUUUAAUUACCUCUAAUGUGCAUCCUGGCCCAGAAAUGGAUAUUUGUAAUUUUAGUAAAGGGAGAUAAUUAGCGAUUAUUGAAUGAGGCUGAGUAGGAUAUGAAGAAUUCUGCAGAUUGAGGAGGGUGUUAUGAUGUUAUUCACCGAUGCCAAAGGCCGAGGUGGAUAACACCCUCCGAGAUCUGCAGAAUUCUUCAUAUCCCACGAAAGCCGAAUUCAAUAUUUGUUUUAUUAUUCCUUCAAAAUAAUUCCAAGUUUAAAAACAGGCUAAAAAUGUAGCCUCCUCGCAGACGUCCUUUGGGGUUCGUUUGUCACGCAUUCAUUGGAGAAAUGAAUGCGUGACAAACGAACCCCAAAGGACGUCUGCGGGGAGGCUAAAAACAUGCUAACCUCGUUCGAUGCAAGUUUAUAUCGAUAAUUAGUAUAUACACACUCAGUGAUCUUGGUGAUUUAAGCAAUCUGAUUGGUUCGCUAUCUCGGACUAUUCAACAAUAUUCACCUCCUAGCGAGUGGAUAAUGUGUGAGCUCGGUGUUUUUCCCACUUUUUUUAAGGCAAGAAAAGACUUUUCAAAAAUUUACUGUAGCAGGAGUUUUGUGCUCGAUGGAUUGUUUACAACUCCCGUGUAUUCGCGUAGAAGAAGCCGUUUCGUGAACUCAGCGUUUUCCAAGAAGAAAAUUUUGGCUCAAAAAUCGAAGUUUAUUUAUGACAAACAAAUUUAAAAGGAAAUGUUUGCAGAAAUUCUACAUUUCAAGUAAACAGGAAAAAGAAUGAUACAGGAAGACGACCUCUUACCUCGAGCAACCGAGCCGCCAUUUUUGUCAGCACAAAGAACGACACAACAUGCCCUUUUGGCUAAAACUUGGCGAGAACAGAAAACAAACUAUUUUUUUUCUCAGGUAACGAAACAGUUCAAACUUUUAGCGAUUCCAUUGAAGCCAUUACGCUGUUGUUUGCGCAAAAAACUUGUGAAUUGCCAUGUUUGAAAAUUCUGCAAAGAUCUAUUUUUAAACUUACGUUCGAAUGGUUUCAAGUUUAUAUCGAUAAUUCUUCGUUAUCGGAAAGUUUAGGAGAUUUUAAAUGUCUGCUCAGGUGAUCUGCAGAUAUUCUCCAGAUGUUCUCCGUCGAAUUGUCUUUUUGCUGUUCUUGUGAUGGUUUUAGACAAUAUUUCGCCGUGAAACGAGACAUUUCCGCCAUUUUGUUCUAACUACCAAAACAACUUAAUCUCGUCCCCAGGUUUUCUCGGUCAACGGUUCAAUAACCUGCAACCAGGCUGAGCUUUUGACGUCAUUUUGACGUCAGUUCAAUAUGACUAAAUUCUUUCCAAAUUUGGUCAACAGCAGCUGGUUAUGGUGAAUUAUGCGUGUGGUUUUAACCAAUCAGAAACGAGAAAAUAUUUUGAAUGAAUAAUAAUAUGUCUUAUCCUAUGGCACGAGACAUUAGGAUAGUUUAAAUCAUCAGAUAAAUUUUUCUUUCAAGCUGAAGACGAGGCGCAUAUAACACUAGGUGGAGAUCUUUUUGACAGUCUUCAUACGACCAAACCCUUGGAUAGGUACAGUUGAUACGGAACGUUUCGCGUCUUAAUUAUGUCCAAUUAUGCGUUUGGCAGCAUUUAUAUGUAACCUACAACGUCCCCAGGCGUUCUCGGCUCGAUCAAACCUGACCCUACUCGCUUGGACAGCAGGGCGUGAGAGAACACCUAAGGACUAAAUGAUUUGGAUCAAUUACGAAAUAAAUAUUAAAAAAGAGAGAAAAAAAUUAGCUCGACCACAUAUAGGUAGUCUUUACACUAGAGCCUAAAUAAGCUUUGGGAUAUUUCAAGACAAGUAAAUUUUAAUUACUUCAAGUAAAAUAAAGUUUCACACACAACCGAUUCUUUUUUACUUCGGGUCAAGGAACUUAAGGCUAUUUUCCCGCGCAACAUAAUUACGAUUGAUUGACGUGUUUCGCCUUCUCAAACCUCAAGAAACCGCAAGAAACCGCAAGUAACCGUAAGUCAGCUAAGUCGGUUUUAAGGAUGGUUUUCAAGUCGCUUGAAACUUUAUUUCCUGAAUCGUUUCAACCUUCUGACUUUGAUGAGAUGCAAAGUAAAGUUACUUGAGAUUUUACUUAGGCCCUCACACACGAAUUUUUGGAUAAGUAAAACUUAGCAGCUCUUAAGUCUUACUUAACAGCCUAGUGUAAAGACAACCAUGGUCAAACAAACGUAUGGUCCGGCACACGAUAGAGAAGACAAUUAAAAAGAUGAAAAUUUUACAAUAGGUCCCUGUCUAUGAAAAGUUCUAUCUAGCACUACAACUCCCUUAUAUUGCAGCCAUAAGGUUGAAUAGUACUAGAGGAAAUAAGACAAACCAAGGCCGAGUGGAAGUUCUUUACAAUGGAACUUGAGGAACAGUCUGUGAUGACGGCUGGGACCUACUGGAUGCUAACGUCUUUUGUCGUGAGCUUGGAUUCAAACGAGCUGAAAGAGCUGCCCAUCGGGCAGCUUAUGGGAAGGGAAAAGGCCGAAUAUGGCUUACUGAGUUACGGUGUUCAGGGGAUGAAAGUUCAUUGACAGAAUGUGACCAUGGAAGGUGGGAAGAAAACAACUGUGAUCAUGGCGAAGAUGCUGGUGUGGUCUGUGUCCCAGGUAAUGUAUAUGUAUACAAAUGGCAAUUUGGAGAAGCAGGUGAUUUUAAAUCUGUUUUAGAUAGAUUCUCCUGGUGUUAGCAUGAGGAUUUGACACCUGUAACUGGGCAUUUGUUGUUGCCAUUGUUAUUUUUGUUCCUGACAGACAGACAAGAGAUUGUCAUUAUCACUAGUCUCCCCCGCCCCCCGCAACCCUGAACAACACCCCACCUCAAAGGUUUUUCUCUGAUUUCUUCAAAAAAGAUUAUUAGCCAGAACCUUUUCUACAGUGUAUUGGAUUAAGAAGCUGUUAUUCUUAAACACAUGUUAGCAUCAAAGGUAACAGAUUACAUACCCACAUAAGCAUUCAACGGCCUUGUUCCUAGUGCUUUUCCGUCAAAGUAGGAAAAGUUCGACAUUUGCUCUUAAUACUAAACAUUUCAUUUUUCCAAAAUAUUAUAAAUUUAGAGAAAAGCCAAAGGAGGGUUUUAAAAAGCCCCACCUCGCACAAAGUAGGCUGGGUCAUGAUAGACGGUAUUCGUAUUCCCCGACGGCUCUCUACUGGGACAAGGGGUUAAUCACCAUCUGAUUGCAAGGUAAAUCCUGAAGCUUCUAAGUGAAAACACAAACAGACAUAAGAAGAUUACAGUUGAGUUGCCGGAAAACGAUCAGAGAUCUUUAAAAUUGUGAGAUCUUACCAGUAGGCUAACAGGAUAUCGAUAUCUGUUUCAAUCCGGCAAGAACACUGCAUGCAGGAAAAACUGGUCGUGCUGAGAGAACAAUUGAUCAGAUGAUUUCAAGUGACGUCAACUAGAAAACGGAAAGGCAGCAAUAAAACUAAAGAAAAAAAAUUGUGUUUAUGAUGCAAUUAAAAUUAUAUGUUUCAGUCAUUUUCUCGAGCCCACUGCAAAUUGACCUAAAAACUGACUUUCGAGAAUUAGUUAAGUGGACCUAUUCGGUUUAUUUUCUUCCGAUAUUUUAGGAGUUCGGUUAGCCAGUGCAAAUAAUGAUCCAUUUCAAGGCCCGGUUGAAGUGUUUCACAGUGGAAGCUGGAGAAAGGUUUGCGGCGACUCAGAUUGGGAUUUACGAGAUGCAAACGUAGUUUGUCGUGAGCUUGGAUUUGCUGGAGCUUUAGUAGCUGACAAGACCACGAGUUCCGCUCGAGGAAAUGGAAAAAUAUGGAUGACUUGCACUGGGAAUGAAAAAUCAUGGACAGAGUGUCGGUACAGUCGUUGGGCAAGAUAUGGGUUAUGGUUUAUAAGUUAUGAUGCAGGGGUGUUCUGUAUUACAGGUAUGUGAAUUGUUUUUGUUAGUUUGUUUUUUAAUACAACUUUUCACUCGUCUGACAAAAGGGAUCUUGUGCAAUUUGUGCACCCCUCGGUUGAGUAUCGGUCGACACUAUGGACACUGCACGCUGUCGACAUAUAGGCCCACACGUCUGCCGACUUUCGGUCGAUAUGUCGGUGGACUGUCGGUGAAAGGCAUAGAAGAGAAGUCUUACGCUCUUACUGGCACAACCACAAGGAUGUACUGUAGAUCCCACUGAAGCUAGAUAUUAUGACUAGAUAGAAAUGACGAAGAAAAUGUUCACUUGCACUUUUAGCCUGAGAUAACAUUGUCGACAUUGCUCUCUUCCCACCACAAAUGGCUAUAAGUUUUUUUCUCCAUCUAUAUUUCCAUUCCUAAAAGCACGUUUAGUGGGAAGAAAAUCACCCCGAGAAGGACUGGUGCAAGUUUACCACAACAACACUUGGGGCUGGGUUUGUGCUGAUCAGUGGGACAAACACGAUGCUGAUGUGGCUUGCAGAAUGCUCGGCUUUGACGGAUCAGUAUUAUCAUAUUUUCUGGACAAUGUUGACGCUAAAAGCUUGAAUCAAGUAUGGUUUCACAAAUUGCAGUGCAGUCGCAGCGAAACGUCUCUACUUUCAUGUGAUCAUUGUGGUUUAGGAUCUCAGAACUGUACAUGUAAAGGAAAAAGGAAAGUUGGUGUAAUGUGUCAACCAAAAGGUACCAGACAUAUAUGUUCUAUAUGUAUACACUAUAAGUAGAUACACCUCGUUCAAAAAUGAGCCCAAGACGUCAAAUAAUUCCUAGGAUUCAAUUUCAAACUUUCUUUUAUAAAGCAAACUAAAAUAUGCAAAGUAAACAUAAAUAACAUUCAGACACCUGUAUUGGACUGUGUUUUCGAUCAACUAAUGUAAAUUCUUAAAGAUAGCCCGGGGUCGAAAAGAAGGCCAGUUAUCUUACAUUAUCGUAACCCCACAUCGUGCCUGGGUGUUUUCCAUUUUAAUUCCGGAUUUUUUAUCUGACAGCGUGGAUGAGGCUGUUUUUACUACGCUCUGUAUCGGCAUCUCUUUGAUUGGGUGAUGCCCGGUCGAACUAUUUUUUGAUGCGCAAAUAAGCAGUAACAAAAAAUAAUGCCCAGAUGGUCUUCUUCCAUCCUCUCCUAAGAUAGCAAUUAACCCUCAGUUACACACAGUACGUUAACAUAAACAUUUUACAUUGCAGUUCGAUUGACCUUUUGGGGUAACCUGGCCUCUCAAGAUCGGGUAGAAGUAUUUUAUCGUGGAAGCUGGGGAGUAGUAUGUGAUUCUUACUGGUCUUCUGAAAAGGCAAACGCAGUUUGUCAGCAUCUUGGAUAUGAAGCCGUCCUCGUUACAGCUACUAAGUACUCUAAUUUCGAGGGGAGAAGAAGGAAAGCGUUGACAAGUGACAUAAGGUGUUUAUGGAACCAGGCCUCAACUGCAAAUUGUGUAGGAGUUUGGAGGGUCCUUAGCUCUUGUAGUCAAGUUCCCCUUGUAGUUUGCAUGAAAGGUAAUAACUGUAGUUAACCCUCUGAACAGUUCAUAGUUCUCAUAUCUUGGCACCAUCUAGGUUGAAACUGUAAGGACCCAUUAAAUCGUGGUGUACAACUGUCCACCCAAAUUUUUAGUCGCUUCUCAAGGGGUUUGCGAUAGUCAAUCAGCUGAAAAAUUUCAAGCACCAAGUUUAUUUUAUUUUAUUUUUUUUAUGUUUUGUUGUCAGUUUUUUUGCUAUUAUUUGUGCGAACGAUAUUGUUGUUUGUUAACAAUGUAAUAGGCAUAAGAACGCACAAGAAAUCAGCUUAGUUGCAAACACUUUCAGUUUGCGGGAGCUCGAAUGCAUUUUCUUCUCUGUUCAAGCAGCUCGUUUAGAGGAAGGACAGUCACUCCGAGAAGGAAUUGUUCAAGUUUAUUACAACAACACUUGGAUCUCGGUGUGCGCUGAUCAGUGGGACAAACAAGACGCUGAUGUAGCUUGCAGAAUGAUGGACUUUGAUGGAGCGUUAUCAGCAGAUUUUGAGUACGAAGAAGAAACGGAAAUCAAAGGUCGACCGUGGUUAAGCAACAUGAAUUGUACCGGAAAUGAAAAAUCUCUCUUUUCUUGCGUUCAUGGAGGAUUCGGAUUUCGAGACUGUAAAGCGAAGAGAAAAGCAGGUGUUACUUGCAAACCAAGAGGUAAACGUAUAUACAAUACAGCAUUGCUGACAGACACUGUUAAAUUAAAGUUUCCUGGCAUAUAUGUCUUGAAAAAAUAUUAAUAAGUCAGGGUCUGUUUCUUUUUUAAGUCUAACAAACACAAGCGCGUGUGUAUCGACAUGUAAACUUUGAUUUAUCCUUGUUACUAAACUUCACAAACGCGAAAUAGACUUUUUACUCACUCAUUCCAGGGAAGUUUGAACACAGCUUUUCGUUUGGUAGCCUGAUUCAGAGUUGACAAACGCCUUAGUCAGUGCGCAAAAUCACUUAGCAAGCGCAGUAUCCAACUUGUUCAAAAUUCCUGACAGGUGAUAUGGCCCCCGUCCUGGUCUAGAGACGAUUGCAGUCGCCGGACAGGGAUUGUUUCUUUACAUCCAUCACUGCUGUUCCCUAUCAAGCUGAUAUUUUAAUGUUAAAACAUUUUCGACUCCGACGAGGCAAAUUUGGAACUUCCGAGGAGAAGCAGCUGGACUUCGAUUUAUCAAAACGUACCUGCAUCAUACCAAGCAGCGCAUUGUGUCAGACCCGGCCUCUGAUCUCAAACAGGAGAUUUAUCACCUCAACAACAAUACCGCAUACUGUUCGAGGGCUGGCUCGUAUAUUGGAAUGGCUCUCCACCACAAGCCGAGAAUACGUCAAGGCAGCUAUUAGUCAAGGACCCCACCCCAUCGGAAUCCGUGUGAGUGUAGAAGUUAAUUACAUCAGAUGUGAGGUGGUACCUGAUGGGGAACAGGUCGGGAUGAAAUGCACUGGAGAAACGGAGAGUACUUUGAAAAUGAGUGCAGUGAACAUCGUAGGCUUAGUUGUUCCUCCGGUCCUUGGAAGUUUUAAAUCACCACAAUGGGGAACAUUGAACAUGCCACAUCGGGGUCACCAGUUCCAGUCCAAAAAGGCCAAAGUCCAUGACAAGUAAAAUGACUGCCUUAAAGACCAGUAAAAAAAAGAAGCAAUCCGCAUCCGGCGACUCACUCCUCUCUUAACCCCGAGGGGGGAAUCAGAUUAUGGGGAACCGCAAACUGACCAAGUUCGUUGUAUGACGAAGCAAAGAAGUUUCGCGUUUUGAAUUAUAAUCGUAAAUAAACAGAUGAUUCUUUCCAAGAUUAUUGUUGACAACUGAUUUUAGAGUACGAUAAGAGACCGAAAUCUUGUGUUAACAUUAAGGAAAGGCUAGAAGUGACAAGUGAUAUCUUUUAUGCAACAGUUCAGUUGGUUGGCUGGGGCAAUGUGACAUUUCAAGGCCGAGUACAAAUGUUUCACAAUGGAACCUGGGAUGAAGUGUGUGGGAAUUCCUGGGAUUUAAAGGACGCCAGCGUAGUUUGCCAACAGCUUGGAUUUCCGGGGGCUCUAGUAGCAGUUAGGUCCUCGGAUUUUCAGAGAACAGAUGGGAAGCGAGGAAACUUAUGGAUACACAAUGUGCACUGUAUAGGAAAUGAGACAGCAUUACAAGAGUGUGACCACAGGCGUUUGAGACGCAGCUGUUAUGGUACUGGUAACGUGGCUUCUUUGGUGUGCAUUACAGGUACUAAAAAAGGUUAUUGCUACUUUACUGGUUUAUUUUUAUUGCAUUUUUGUAUUUCUUGCGUUUAAAGUAUGGUUAGCAUUAUGAUCAGCGAGCUCAGUUAAAAAUGUAAUUGGAAUCUUUGAUUAGCUCAGUACCACCACGUACGAUAUGACGUCAGUAAAAUAACACUCAUUUUCACGAUCAAUAAAAACAAAAAUGAUUUUGAUGUUGAGAAGAAUUUCCUUGCCAUUUGGAUUGUUUUGCCACCCACCACUGGUAGUUAACAGAAGGAUAAAGGUAAUUGCAUGGAAGAGAAACUUUCUUCAUGCACUGAUUGCGGCUUUCGAGAAAGAAAAAUAGCAGCCUAUUAUGGCCCUGAUGGCCCACAUAAAGGUCCUCAAUCAAUCUCGUUCUCAGGGUUGUGUAGUGAGAGAACCCUGGGAACGAAAUUGGCCCUCAAUACCUAAAUUAACCAUGUUGUCAGCAUGGUUGUAAUGUUGGUGCAGUGGUAAUCACACCCAACUAGUCUACCGGUGGUCGUGGGUUCAAACCCCGCCCAGGGCAUAGGAAUUUUUCACCCAGAAGUAGUACAGCACCUUCGAUCCUCACCACCACCAGUAGGUGAAAUGGUAACCCUAUGUAUUUGACCACAGCGGAAUAGAACGGAUGUUUAUCUUUCAUAGAUUAUAGAAGUGAAUUCUGUACCAAUGAGACAACAAAAUAUCUGCCUGCAGACUUAGAAGGUAUGUUUGGUUAAACCUGGAAUAGGCAAUGGGAUGCCUUUACUGUUAAUUGCUACUGACCUAACGAAACCUAUUGACAGCAGCAAAAACAAAGACCUCGGCUACAUAAAUCUGUGUAUAUGUACCCGCUAAAUUUUGCUUGACGCCUAACGCGUUUUACCGCAUUUUCAGGCAAAUCGUCUCUAUAGGAGUAAAGGACACGUAAUAUAAAUGUGCUAGCGUCAACGUCACUAAUUAAGGCACAAGGCCUCACUUUCACUUGCCCUGCGUCGCUCGAAAAUCCCUUUGCUUGCAGUAAAUGAUCGAUAAAGCGCCGCGGCGCUUAUUUCAUUUUCCGUGUUAUAGGUGCGGCGCUUAGAGAGCGGCAGCUCUUAUUUCAACUACGGGUAAAACACUGAGGGGAAUAUAGAGAGAGAAUUAAGAGCGGCGCCUACUAGGUAUGCACAAUUUAAUACAUGUACACCUACAUAAGUACAACUGUUAUUUGAACCCGGUUUCAUGAGUUUCCCUACAUUAAAACUUUAGAACUCAUGAGCUGGUCGAGGUCUUAUUACACAAGCGAUAUGGUUUUGUGAUGUCUUUAUAUAUCACGCUUCGUAACAAAGGUGGGGCACCAUUUGUAAACUGAUACCCAAAUUAGCACAGCGGCGCUUAUUCGAGAGCAGCGCGUACUAAAAUAUUUUUGGUAAAGCGGCGGCGAUUAUUCAGAGAAGCGGCGCUUAAUCGAUUAUUUACGGGAAGCUCUCUAUUGAUGUGUUUUCAGGCGGCACAUGUGAACAGAGUCAUCCUCUUGCAGUCAUUAUGUUGAGUGUCGCCCUUUCGUUGUCAAUCAUGGGCAUAGCUCUCCUGGUUUGGAAGCACAGGCGCCAUUUACAAUUAGAAAAAGGAAGAAGCACCAAGGCAGAGGGACAACAGUACGAUAACAGUAGCAGCACCUCAAGGGAAUCCGAAACAGCUGCACACUUGGAGCUGCGAUCGCGAGGUUCAAACAUUCGAUCACAACGACACUAUGAGAGCCUACAGCGAAGCAGUCCCGUAUAUCAGAAUUCACACCCGACGGAAGAAGACCUAAACGAAGUAUAUGUGAACGCAAGGAAUGUAAGCCUCUUGUGUCUUUAUUAGGUUCAAAAGUUUUCGAUUGCUUUCAUUUGCUCUAUUUUCUAUUCGAGACUGAGGCUGAAUGACAUAAAAAGUUCACCAAAAUAAUGGUUUGAACAGUUUGGGAUCACUGUCGAAAGGGUGAGAGAAACUAAAACAUUUAUGGCUGAGACGCAAUUUUAAUCUUGUUCUCGUAUUUUUUUUGGAGAACGGCAGGGAUGACCAAGUGAUAUUCUUCAUGAAGCCAGCAUUUGUAAGGUUUGCCGUUUUUCAUUCUCCGCGUAAAGAGAAGUGUCUUUAAGAUUAUGAGUAUGAUUAUUGCCGUAUGGUCAUUUGUACUAUUUAAAGUUUGCCGUAAACGUGAUGCCCGGGGGAGGAAUACACCUGGAAAUUCUUGGUGGUGGUGUGCCACUCGGUUCUCCAAAUCCUGACCCUAUUUCAGACCAAAAAAUGUAAAAUUUCACAAACGUUUUCAUACCUGGCCGCUGAGAUAUUAUGUCAUCACUACUUAGAAGGAAUGGCAACAAAAAAGCCAGUUUCUUAAAAUUCACUUUGAAUUCUCAUAUUUCUUUUGUUUUCUUAUUCAUUUGGAAUUAAAACACGGCGAAACACUCCCCUAGUUUCCUCGAAUUCCAGACCAAAAUGGGCAAAGUCUAUACCUGCUUUCAGAACGAAACGGCGCAAAAACUAUAUCCUUUGGGGUGGCACAUACCUAUGUGGCACAGGAGAGUAGCCCCCCUGGACGUGAUGCUUGAUGCGUGAUACAAAAAAUGAUAUACAACUCAAGGAAGAAUGUUUCAUGGGGAUGUGACGCGUUUCUCAAAUAAGCCUGGUAAAAAAGACGUAGCUUAGCAUGAAGCGUUCACCAUAGCCUAGUUACGUUUUUAAAGUGCCCGACAGAUAUCAGAUGGGAUAGGCCAUGGCUACGAAUACUGGCGGCGACACAGAUGUAUCAUUUUAUACCAAGCUCGUGACAUGAGACUGAGAUAAAGGAAUUUAGUCUCUCUCUCAAACUAAUUAUGACUAAAUGAUUACUUGCAGGUUAACGUUCCUCGUGGCAUCAACAGGAUCCGUCUUCCUCCAACAUCUUAG